UGCUUCAAGGAAUCUCUGGAAAGCGUCCGGAGCUCAGUCUGGUUCAGAGUUCUCUCUCUCUCUCUCUCUCUCUCUCUCUCUGACUGACAUGUCAGGCUCUGACAGUCCAAACAGCACCAGUGUGCCUCCGGUCCUGGACUAUGAAUGGAGAUAUGAAUACUAUGAUGAUGAGGAGCCAGUAUCUUUCGAAGGACUGAGGGCGCACCGCUAUUCUAUAGUGAUCGGCUUCUGGGUCGGCCUGGCUGUCUUUGUCAUCUUUAUGUUUUUUCUGCUCACUCUUCUGACCAAGACUGGAGCUCCACAUCCUGACAGUGGACAGCCAUGUGAGAAGCGUCCCCGUCUGAUUGGCUUCAUGGACACCAACCUGGACAAAGGAGCUCCUCCCCCCCACCCUAGUGGUCUGGACUCAUCCUGUUCUCUCUUCCACUGUUACGUGUCCAAGGAUGGUCAGGGGAGCUGCACAGCCCUGUGGACCACAGUUGGUGGUGUGGGUGGAGGACCAUCCGGAGGCUGCCACAGGAGGCCCAGCAGCAGCCCGGAGGCGGGGGACACUACACUCCUGCAGGAGCUAGCAGUGACAGCUAACAGGACGGAGAAAGAAGCCAUCCUGCUGGCCCACUUCAACAUCCCUAACUUUGUGAACUCUGAGCAGAGCUCAACUGUAGGGGAGGACGACCUGCUGCUGGGUGAGCCAGAGCUGCCAAUCAUUCUGGAGGGGCGGGAUCAGAGCAGCAUGAUCAGGAAGCAUGAUAACCACAAUGACUUCACCUAAGACUGGAGAAUGGAGGGCAGCUAUUCAUCAAACAGGAGGACUCAGGUAAUUUUCACAAAACAUGGGUGGAUGACAAGUUUACACUUAAAGCAAUGAAAAUAUUCAGUGACUGGUCACAUAAUACAUGUACUUGCCUAACCAGGGACUCACCAAAAAAACUCUGCGUCUUCUUUGUGGGAAUGAUUUGUCUUUAAUGGUGUGACUUCAGCUGUUGUUUUGUUUGGACUGAAAAGCUGCAGACUGGAAGCCCAUCAGGACAUUUGGUUGAGAACCACUGGUCUGUAGAAAACAGUACAAGAAAUAAUCAAAAUGUAUUUUGUUAUAAAUGUGAAGUUAUCCAUAGCUGUCAAGUCUAACAUAUUAUCUGUGAAACAUGUUGGUGUUUUUCGUGACAUAUCGUGGUUGUGAAAUGAAGAAAGACACCUUCUGAGUUCUGCUGUCAGGUUUCUCUGCUCAGCCUGCAUCUAUUCCACAUGGGUUGAGAUAGAACAUUUUCUUUGCAUGGGUUAUAUAACCUGCCCUACCCCUUUUAGUGCUUUGUGACUAAAGUAGCAAUGACAAAGAUAGAAUGUAGCAAGGCUGAGCCACAUUCCACAAUCUAUACUAUACUAUGAGAACCACAGAUUGCUAUUCUAAAUCACCAACAUGUUAUGGAAAUGGAAAUGGAUGUUGAAGUUUUUGAAUUGGCCUUUUUGGUUGAACUCAUUGCCUGAUGGCCUAAAGGACAAAAGUAAUGAAUCGAAAUUAUAAAAUGUAACUUAGCACCAAAAGACUGAAAAUGUGGAGCAAAGAUACUGUUAUUACAUUAUUAAAGGAGUGUAUCAUUUUCCCUUAUAAUGAGUCUGUAUGACUAGUAUUCUUGCUAAAAUGCAGUAAAUGUUUGAAUUAUGACUUUCUGCGGCACAUUUAUAA